GACCAUAGCGGUCCGACAGGGCCUUUUCACAGGGGAUGACCUCUUUCAUGAUACAGGACCAUUUGAAUCGCCCAGUAACUGCGGAUUGGAAGGAUGAUGAGAGUACAUGCAUAUUUUGUCGGAUCUCUCGACGAGAAACAACGGCUCAUAUUGUGUACGAGGACGAAAAGGUGAUAGCCUUCCUUGAUAUCUUGCCCUUGCGUCCGGGUCAUACACUACUUGUCCCGAAAGCGCACUACGCUCGUAUCUCAGAAUUACCCUCUGAGCACGCGGCAGCGUUGGGUAAAGCAAUUCCAAAGGUGUCCAACGCCUUAACCAAAGCUCUUGAUAACACUGGACUGAACGUCGUGUGUAAUCAGGAGUACGCUCAGGCUGUGUCACAUGUGCACUUUCACAUAAUCCCUGCUCCACGACUCAACGCCACGUCGAGCUCGACCCCAACUGUCGUUGCGCAGACAUCCUUGCCCCACAAGGAGAUGCAUCGUAAGGAGUUCGAAGCACGUGAAGAGUUGGACUCCGACGAUGCUGCAGAGCUGGUGAAGAGGAUAUCGGCUCGGUUAUGAUAUACGGAAAAGUUGGACAGCAUGAUUUCACGGAAUACUCCAUCACUACCUCAGAGAGACAGACUUCAAUAUGCAGGAGGUCUAGAGGUUUCCUCCUCGAUGAACGGACACCAACUAGGAACCAGACGAAUAGCAUCUCUGUCCAUAUCUGUAGAACCACUCAAUGGCUCCCAUAUUUACUUACUAUCUAGGGCAAUAGAUACAUGAC